GUGAAGUUGAUUUCUUGGUGAUGAUGCUGCAGGGAGACGACGCGGCGGUGCCGCUUGUGUGGUCCGACACUUCUGUGCCCACCACACCGGCCCUGCUUGACGAAGUUCAUGACGUGGGCGACCAAGACGAGGUCGCGCUGGUCAGUCCAACCAGCUCUGAGCAUACAGACCACUCAGUUGUGGACUGCGAGUCGACAGCGGACCAAAGUCCUUCGAACGAAGUGUCCGUGACCGUAGAUGUUGCCUCUUUGGAGAAAGACGCCUCGCCCUCAGUCGACGCCAUCGAUCCAUCGGUGUCACCUCAGUCUGUUCCCAUUGCUGACGCUAUUGUCAUUGGAGGGGCCGUUGACGUCAGUCUUGUGGUUGAAAAUGUCUUCGUGUUGUCGGCGCCACUCGAUGAUGUAGACGACACAUCGCCACUUCUUGGUGCGACGGCGGAUGUGGCGGCAAUCGUCCCGCCGCCCGCCAUCCCAGUUCAAGUCGCUGCCAACGGAGACCGCCUGCAUUUUUCCCGAUCGCAAACGGACAUUCGCAUUUCCAAGUUUUCCGCCAUGCCGUCGAUGCAAAAGAGUCAGACAUUCCGUCUCGCGCCUCGACCCAAGAGCGCCGACAAGUCCCAUCGUGGGGAGUUGCAGCGCUUCUUGAGCACGCCAUUUCACGACGACGGGGACUACGGCUCCACAGCGACUUCGCCGUCGAUCGGAGGAGGAUCGUCAGCGCAGCCACUUCUUGGGGAGGACAAGUCCGGUACCUCCACGAAUCUGCCGCCCAAGCAGCCGUCGGCGCGCAGGUCCGUCAAGGCCGGGCGUCGCGACCGCGGCAUGGACGACACCAAGUGGGACUUCGUGCUCGUGUUUCCAAACCCCGAGUUCGAAAAGGACAAGAAGGACAAGCAAGUCAAGUACCCGUUCAUCCCGACCAUGAACGACAUGCUGACCAAGCUGCGCCAAGCAGGUCUCGACACGCAAUUGUCCAAGUCCACCAAUCUCGACGUGGACGUGCCCAAGGACCAGUUCAUUCCACCCUUUGUAUACUGCAAACUGUCUGCCUCGACCGAGCGCCUCAAGGAAGAGGCGGCGCGGGUCCACAUGUCCAUCGGCCUUGUCGAGAACAAGCUGGAACGUAUGGCAAAGCAAGGCGAAGUGCGCUUUCAUAUCGAAAACCCCGAAGACCGCGCCGCGGAAAUCAAACGGCAAGGCCACGAGCCGCUGCCCCCCGAGAAAGUGUCCAAGGUGGCGCGGCGGCCAUACAAGAAGAUCCAGUUUCAAGCUGGUCGGGAACUCGACGUGUUCAACACGUUUGACAUGUGCGAGCUCGAAAACAUGGACCUCGAAGCAUCGGAUGUUCAAAGCCCGACCACCAGCAGCAGCAGCAGCAGCCGCGGCUGCACUUCGUCGUCGAAGACGGCCCAGGAGGCGCCUGCGUCCCUCUUGAGUGCAAUCUUUGCGAUGUUCAAGCGGUUCCGUUAUAAACCGUACCAGUACAUCCACAUGACGUACACGCCACAGGAAAACGUGCAGAAUCUGUACGGCACGCCGUUGUUUUGCAGCAUCAAGCGCAUUCGACUGAUUGAAAGCAUCGUGCGCAGCGCGACGGGCGCCGGGCUAGACCUGGACAUGCUGGUCCAAUUCCGCGCCAUUUCGUCGUUCUACCCCUUGCAUGACGACGAGUACUGCCGCGACAGUCAAAGCACAUGGAGCACGUCGCUGUGGCUGACGCACCAGCCCAUCGAAGCCACCCGCGACUACUUUGGCGGACAGGCGGCGCUGUACCUGGCGUACGUGGCGCAUAUCACGCGGUGGCUGCUCUUCCCGUCCAUCUUUAGCAUCUCGCUGUACUUCAUGUCGGAACGGUACCUUGUGUGGGUGUUUGGGUUUGUGAUGGUGUUGUGGGCCACACUGUUCUUGAAGAUGUGGAAGCGCAAGCUGGCCGUGCUCGGCAUGAAGUGGGGACUCACGGACUUUCACGCGCAAGACCACGACCGCCCCGAGUUUGACGAGUCCAUCAACAGACACAUGCCCAGCGCGCACUUUGGCUCGAUGAUCUUUUUCCGCCGGGUGUUUUGCUUCGUCAUCACGGUCGUGUGUCUGCUGCUGGUGUUGGCGACCAAGGCCAGUCUGUUCUACGUCCGAUGGAUAAGCAAGGCCACACCCGAGCGCUUUGACUUUGCCAUGCCACUGCUGUUUGACAACCAAACGAUUUCGCUGUCGUAUGGCGGCCAGCUGAAGAUCGUUGCCGUCGUGAAUGUUCUCGCCAUUUGCGUGUGGUCUAACCUGUUUGCGCGGGUCAAUAGCUUCUUGACGGACAUCGAAGUGCACCACACCGAGACGUCGGCGCAGCAGUCGUUCAUAUUCAAGGGGGUGGUCUUUGAACUCGUCAACAACUUUGCAGGCAUCAUGUACAUUGCGUUCGUCAAGCCACACUUGGAAGGUAUCGACGGCGAUUUUGCUGGCCCGGACGUCGAAGCCGUCGAGGAGCUGAGCGAGUACAUGCUGUACAUUUACGGAUGCCAGCUGCUGUUUCACAUAUUGGUGCAUGUGAUCUUUCCAUGGAUCCGGUCGUUGUGUUGCAUGCCGCGAGGGCCGAAUGUCCCGCGACGGAACAAGAAAGCCAACCGACCGCGGCUUCAGACCAGCCUGUCCCUCGACGACAAGUCGGUGAGCCGGGACAUCGAAGCCGCGGCUGUGCUGCCUCCUCUUGUCCAGCCCAAGCUCCUGCCCGUGGAAGUGCAGCACCAGCUGAAAGAAUACGGAUGGAAGGGACUGUUUCAAGACUACAUUGUCAUGGUGAUGCAGUUUGGCUAUGCCACGCUGUUCGUAGUGUCGUGUCCGUACUUGCCGCUCCUGGCGUUUCUGUACAACCUCGUGUCGAUUCGAGCGCACAGCCUGUCCUUGGUCACCGUAUACCGCCGACUUGCGCCGCGCAGUUCGCAGCACAUUCGUCUAUGGGCGGCGUUCCUCGAAGUGUUUUGUGUGUUGGCUGUGGUCACCAACUCGUGGUCGGUCGUGGCUAAGGCCGAGAUGGCCGCGCGGACGCUGGCCUACUUGCACCUAGACAACGACUACUACGUGCUGGUGCGGUCGCUUUGCAUUGGCGGGUUGGUGCUGGGACUGUACUCGAUGGGCAAAGUGCUGGGGUUCUUCAUCAACGACAUCCCCACGCGCGUGCAGAUUCAGCUCGAGCGCCAAGAGUACUACAUUUCCAAGGUGCUGCACCUGGGGUACCAGUGGGACAAGACGAUGCACUCGAUCCUGUUUGCCAAGUCUCAAGAAGAGCUGGAAGCGGACGAAGGGUACGGAUGGGACUACGCGAUCGUGUUCCCCAACCCCGAGGUCCGUCGGCCGCCCAACCUGCAUCCGCUCACGGGCAAGGUGGAGCAAGUUGCGAGCAUGCGUGACAUGAUUCUCAAGCUGCACAAAGCUGGGUUGCAAGUGCAGUUCUUCGAGUCCACGGCCAAAGUGAGCUCGUUCAUUCCGUCCAUGGUGCUGUGCAAAGUCCGCGCCAGCGAACAGCGCUUAGAAGCGGAAGCCCACCGCGUCAAGAUGCCGCUGCGGCUCAACCCCGACGAGAUGGCGUUCCAAGCGACGCAAGGUGCGGUCACCACCGUGUGGCAGCGCGUGCGCAAGCAUGUCCUGGCGAUCGAGGCGGAGUUGGCCGUCCAUCGUCUCGACACGUUGCUGGUGGAAAUCAAAGCGCUCACGGAAAAAGCCGACUCGGACGACGUCGUGGAUGCGUCGGCGGCGUGCGUGGUGACGUGGGACCAACUGCUCACCCAGUUGUACUUGGUGCUGGACGAUUUCAUCAAGCAAGACGUGGAGAUCAAAGCGAUGUACAAAGCACUUGGCGUGGACCCGCAACGCCACAGCUCCAUGAUCAAGUUGACCACGCUAUCGACAGACAUGAUUGAAAAGCUCAUCAUUCAUCAUGACGAGGAUGAAUCGCUCGUGGAACUGCUGCUCAACGCGCCGCGCUUGCUGGACGACAUCUCGGCGGGGCUGCAGCAGGCGGGCAAGGACAUUGGCGUGCAGAUCAGUCUGCUGCCCAUCCUGCUCCCGUCGCUAGCCAAGCGUCGCAAGGCGAACAGCCCCAUGCUACCUGAGCAUGACUUGCAAAAGCUCAUGGAAGCGCUGUCCCAAGGCUACGCCAAGAUGAUUCCGCUGCUGAUCAAGAUGGGCCAUGUCCUGGCGCUGACGCUGCCGCUGCCAGACUUAAAGGCGAUUGAAGCCUUGCUCGAAAAGCGCGACGUGGCGGGCCUUCGGGACUUGGGGGAGCCCAACGAAUGGCUGCGCACGGAACUGCACCUGAUGCACCUCAUGAUUCAAGACGUGAGCUUGGAGCUGCCCCAGCUGCGCCAACGCACACUCAUCAUGGACACGCCGCCGUUGUCCGUUGCCGCCACGAUCCAGUUAUUUCUCGAGGCGGUGAUUGCCAACCCGAUGAUUGACAUCUCGCCGUUUUACCUGCAAAGCCCCGACCCCAAGUACAAGGGCCUGACGGCCAAGUUCCGGUACGCACCGUAUGAACACAUUUACAUGGCGUACCAAGACAAGAAGGAGCUGCAGCACUGGUACAACAAGACUGCGUCCCUACAUGGCCCCAUGCAGCUGUUCAAUAGCACCGAGCGGCUGUCGCUGAUCGAAAGCAUCAUCACCAACAACGAAGUGGGCGCGGGGUUACAUUUGGACAAGUUGAUUCUCAGCGGCGCGAUCAAGGGGUACUUUCCCCUGCACGACGACCACAUGAAGGCCGACUUGUGGAAAAAGUGGAAGUGGAGCCUCCACCAGCCGAUUGAAGAGAUCCGGGCGUACUUUGGCGUGAAAAUCGGCUUGUACUUUGCCUACUUGGGGCAUUACACGUCGUGGCUAAUGCUGUCGGCGGUGGUGGGCCUGGGGGUGUUUGCGACCCAGAUGCUGCAAAAGCGGUACUUUCCGCCCGAGAUUGCCGAAGGGUUCAACUGGGUCAAGGUGCUCGCGGUGCCCAUCUACGGCGUGUUCAUGGUCGUGUGGGCGACGCUAUUCCUCAAGCACUGGAUCCGCAAGCAAUGGGUGUUCUCCAUGCGGUGGGGGAUGACAGACUUUCACGAAGAAGAGCAGGUGCGGCCGCAGUUCCAAGGCAUGCUCAUGCGCGACCCAGUGACUGGCGCCCGCAUGCGCUACUUCAGCGACAAGCAGCGGCGGUGGCGGCUCAUGUUUUCGUGGUUUGUGCUCGCGAUUCUCAUUUGCGUCGUGCUCGUGUUCGUAGCGGGGAUCUUCGUGCUCCGGUACGAGUUCAAGCACAGUGUGUUCAUUCAAGUGCCGUACUUUGGCAACAUCGGGACCCAGCUGGCGUCGCUGGCCAACGUGGCGCAGAUCUUUAUGAUGUCGCAAGUGUACAAUUACAUGUGCAACUCGCUCAACGACUUUGAGAACCACCGGACCGACUCGGACUAUGAAAACCACUUUGUCGCGAAAGCGAUUGUGUUUCAGUUUGUCAACAACUUUGCGUUGCUGUUUUACGUGGCGUUUCUCAAGAAGAUCCUUGAGCACGAGUGCGUGGACAACAACUGCAUGACUGAAUUAGAAGUGUCGCUUACGUACGUGUACGCGUCGCAGCUCGUGAUUGGCAACUGCCAAGAGGUGAUCAUGCCGCUGUUCUGGGCCAACGUCGAGUACUUUCGCCACGAAUGGGUCAAGAAAUCGGAUGACCAUGAAGUCGUGAGCGCCGUCGAGACGCAGUUCUUCAUGCCAGAGUACGGCUGGGCCGGCACUUUCUGGGACUAUUUGGAGAUGAUCAUCCAAUUUGGGUACUCGACGUUCUUUGUGCUCGCGUGCCCCCUCGCGCCCGUGUUUUCGUUUUGCAACAAUAUCUUUGAGAUCCGCAUCGACGGCUCCAAGAUCUCAAAGUUCUGCCGCCGCCCGCGCCCCAGCGGCGCGUCCACGAUCGGCCACUGGGUCAAGGUGCUCGAUGUGUUUGGAAUCAUCACGAUUGUCACCAACUCGUGGAUCAUCGUCACCACGUCCAAGUUUGGCGACCUCAUCCUGCUCAUGUGGCCCAAGUUCGACCAGUACUUUAGCACCAUGGGCCUCUUCUUCACGCUCACCGCCGUCUUGCUGGCAGUGAAAGGUCUGAUCAACAGCUUCAUCCCAGACAUGCCACGUCACGUGCGCGCCCAGCUCAAGCGCCAACGCUUCGUCGUGUCGAAAAUUCUGUCCACCCACGACACAGACUAAACCGCCGCGUAAACCAUGAAUAGAGAGCGAUACAUACGAUCGUGUAUUCGUUUCGAGUAGAUAGAUAUAUAUAUAUAAGAAUUUAUAUAUUUGAGCUAGUGGUCGAAUAAUGUUGUCAACUGUCUUUCCGAAGCGGCUUGGUCUCGUCAUGCGGCUG